AUGGAACCAUAUUAUGAAGAAGAGGUCACGGAGGCUAUACUGCCAGGUUUGGAGUGGCGAGCGGAAAGCCGUGUCCGCCGUCCAAUAUUGGCCAGAGGAGGCAUUAUCGCUGACGAGGUCGGCUACGGAAAGACCGCUAUCACUCUGGGACUUAUUGAUUCUUCGCAGAGGAUAAAUGGCGAUUGUCCGGAACCGCCGCCCGCUUACCGUGACCGCUUGAUUCAGACGAAAGCUACUCUAAUCAUCGUUCCGGAGCAUCUCAUGGGACAAUGGCCGGAAGAAGUACAAAAGUUCUUGGGUAGAAGCAAGAGAGUCAUUGAGAUCAAAAGUAUGGCUUCAAUGAACAAGAUUACAGUGGAAGACAUUCAGAAAGCCGACAUUGUCGUUGCGAGCUUUCAGAUACUGAGCAACGAGACCUACUUCUUGAACCUUGCCGAAUUUAGUGGUGUGAACGCGUCGGCGUUGCCGUCGAACAAGAAUGGCGGCCGGCAUUUUGAUUCCUUGUAUAAUGACUGCCUCGAGGGUCUCUUGGUGAGAGUGCCACAUUUAAUUGGUGACACGCGCAAGGUUUUUUCAGAAAUACGUCAGGAUGCUGAAUGUCACGAAAGUGCGAAUGCGGAAGAAAACUUUCGUGUGGACGGAAAGAAGAGCGCCUAUAAAAAUGGCUCCAAAUCGUCCAAGAUGAAGGCGCCCGAGACCAGCAAAAUUGGCCGUGAACGUGAUCCAUGGGGGCUGUCCACUUCAAAGGUAAAGGCUUCCUACCGUAAGAUGUCCUGUCCACCCUUGGAAUUAUUCUUUUGGAACCGACUUGUCGUUGACGAAUUCACGUACCUUGAAGACAACAAGCGCCAUCGGGCUUUGUCGUUCAUACUUGGCGUCAAGUCGUCGUAUCGUUGGUUGCUUUCGGGAACACCCAAGCAUUCUAACUUUGACGACAUUCAGAGCCUUUCUUCUCUUCUGGGCAUUCACCUGGGCAUUGACGAGAGCCUUCCCGGGGUCAAGAUGAAUAGAAGUAGAGGUGUUGUCGCCGAAGAAACGACCGGUCUCGAAAGUUUGUCUUUGUACCUGGAAAUGCACUCCAUGCAAUGGCACGAACGUCGUCACGUGCAGGCGCAAUCAUUUCUGGACCAGUUCGUUCGACAAAACAAGGCCGAGCACGACGAGAUUCCGUGGGAGGAGCACUUAAUUUUUGUAGAUCUACCCCCUGUGGAGCGCGCUAUUUAUUUGGAACUCGAGACUCAUUUGAAGAGUUUGGAUAUGAACAAGAACGCACAAAAGACAAAGAGGAAGAGCACUGGCGACCGCGACAAUCGCAUGCAACGGAUUCUUCAAGAUUCGGCGAGUGCGGAAGAGGCCUUGCUAAAGUGCUGCAGCCACUUUAACAUGUCGUCAGAGGCCGCCACCGCGCUGGAGACGAUUACCGACAUUAUAAAGCUUCGAGACACGCAAAAGAAGGAAUUGGAACGGGACAUUGUCGUCUACCUUGCAUCUGCUUUUCGCCAGCAGCAUCGGAUUCUCCAGCAUCAGUCGGAUUGGCUCCUCGUGUCUCGAUCAGAAAAGGGUGAGGUCGCCAGUGCUCUGCAACAGUAUCUGCGAGAGGUUGAGAAGCGUGACAGUGUAACGCACGGGGCCGACGACGAAGUUCACGACUGUAUCUUGCAACUUGUCCGACAAGCGGAAGAAGCCUUUCACGCAGAUCCCUCUCGGAUCGACUCUUUUUUCGACGUGGACGAGGGUGACGAUCCACAGGAAGGAUCCAGCCCCAAAAGGCGUCGGGGUGCCUCCCCGCAGAAAUCGAAGAAAGAAGCGGCCGAAAAAUUUACCGAGCGCCUGUUUGCAAUGAAGAUCCAACUCCGCGAUCAUCUGCACCUUGUGCGAUCUAUGGGUAAGGAACUGUGUGGCCGCGUACGCAGUCUCCGUGACCAGGUCGGGGUGUUGAGUUCGUGCGGUCACGUUGGUUGUUUGGGAUGUUUACGGGUCGAGUCGGCGGCGGAAAAGUGCGUCGAGUACCCGUCGUGCCGCGCGCGCGUGAGCAGCGCCCACGUUGUGUCGUCGCGUCAUUUGGGGUUGCACCGGGCCGACUCGAGUGGCGGACGGUACGGCCGCAAGUUGACCGUCCUGGUGGAGAAAGUCCGGGAGAUCAUUGCGAUGGGCGACCGCAUGAUUGUCUUUUGUCAAUUCGACGACCUCAAGGAGAAGAUCCGGCAAGUCCUGUUGGAGAACGGUGUGCCGUCGUUGGAAGUGGCGGGUUCGGUGCACCGCCAGAUUGCGUCGUUACGGGUCUUCCAGAAAGAAAUCCCGGGCCCGACCGAUCCACGGGUGUUGGUAUUGAAGAUGGACGACGAGCAGAGCGCGGGCUUGAACUUGACGCAUCUGAACCACGCACUUUUCGUCCACCCGCUACUGGCGUUGUCGCGUGCGGAGUACGACGCGUACGAAACGCAAGCGAUCGGACGCAUCCGGCGAUUCGGUCAAACCAAGACGGUGCACCUGCACCGGUUUCUCGCGCGGAAUACCAUGGAUAUGGAAAUUUGGGAGGAACGGACCAAGCCUCGGGCGUAGUGUGAAUCGUCGGUUGUACCUGUAUGCAUGUGCGUGUGCGUGUGUGUAUGUGGUGCGGAUAGAGGGAGGAAUGGAUAAGGAAUUGGAUCGGGAACGUAAAAUCCAAUAAUGUGAGGGGUUUUGACUAUGA